AGGAUGGUUGACGUCAGGAUUUCUCUGGGGGCAAGAGCAGGUCAUGGUGAUGAAUGAGAUUGAGGAGGGAGGGUAAAGCGUUGACACGAACGCUCCAUUCAUUCACGUUCUCAUAAUACCCAUUUUCCUGCCUUUUCCGCCCUUCAGGUUCUAUCUUGCUAUUACCCCCGAUAUCUUUACCUGGCGGCGUCGACUAAAAUUUCAUUCCGCCCAAACGCGCACGUUCCGAGAUCCAAUUCCGAGUUCCGAGACUCCUCUUUCCCUAUCUUUCGGGAACACGAACCACGGGCCUAGACAGGAAAAUAGCCCCUGGACAGAGUCUGAAAACGGCCUCCUAGACCAAACAUGUCCAGCAAAAACGAACAAGGUUCCAUCGACGUCCGCCAGAAAAACGUCUUCCAAAAGCCCCUCCACCAACACUCCAACCCGCGCUCGCAACCCUCCUCCUCUCCCCUCCCCUCUGCCAUAAAAACAGGCUUCUGCAACGAGGCAGCGCCCAUCGCGGCGACGCUCACAGAUGGCUUCCUGGACUUCAGCGCGAAUCGGGGCUUGGAUUUGCGGAAGCAGGGCGUGGGGCCAGGACAGCGGUAUUGUCUCGAGGCGGCGCGGUGGAAAGAUGCGUUGAGUGGAGGGGUGGAUGAGGAGGGGGUUCCGAAGGUGAAGUUGAGCUCGACGCAUGAGGCUGCGCUGGGGAGCGUGGGCAUGGAGCAGUUGAAGAGGUGGGCGGCGGAGGGGGAUGUGGAGAAGGGGGUUGUUUGGCCGGGGAGUAGGGGGGCGAUUAGGGAGAGUGGGGUGAUUGGGGGGAAGGAGCCGAAAGCUUAG